AUGUCUUCGCAUACCACAUCUCAGCGCUACUUGAGCACCCGGGGAGGAUCCUACGAUCUGUCUUUCGAGGAAGUCGUGCUGAAGGGUCUUGCCUCAGAUGGCGGCCUUUUCAUCCCAGAGGAGAUUCCCACACUGCCCGAUAAUUGGGCGUCGACGUGGAAAGACCUGUCCUUCGAGGACCUCGCAUACGAAAUCUUCUCCCUCUACAUCUCGUCGUCUGAGAUACCGCCCGCAGACCUGAAGGAUAUCAUCCGUCGCAGCUAUGCCACAUUCCGCACGAAGGACGUUGCACCAACCGUCACGAUCGACAAGGAGAAGAACAUACAUCUGCUAGAGCUGUUCCACGGACCUACGUUCGCUUUCAAAGAUGUCGCACUGCAGUUCUUGGGCAAUCUGUUCGAGUACUUCCUGGUCCGCAAGAACGAGGGCAAGAGUGGACGCAACAGGGAGCACCUGACCGUCGUUGGCGCAACGAGUGGAGACACUGGUUCUGCAGCCAUCUAUGGUCUGCGUGGAAAGAAGGAUGUGUCAGUCUUCAUCAUGUUCCCACAUGGCAAAGUCAGCCCGAUUCAAGAGGCACAGAUGACGACGGUCAUAGACGCCAACGUGCACAACUUAGCGGUGGAUGGCACAUUCGACGACUCUAACGCUCUUCAGGACUUCGUCAAAGCUCUCUUCGCAGACCCUGAGAUCAACAAGACGCACCGCCUUGCCGCCGUAAACUCCAUCAACUGGGCCCGUAUCCUCGCCCAGAUCACCUACUUCUUCUACUCGUACUUCAACCUUAUCAAGUCACCUUCCUUCCUCCCAGCGUCCACCGUCCGCUUCGUGGUACCGACUGGCAACUUCGGCGAUAUCCUUGCAGGCUUCUUUGCGAAGCGCAUGGGUCUCCCGGCGGAGAAGCUGGUGAUUGCGACGAACGCAAACGACAUUCUACACCGAUUCUGGGAGUCUGGCAGAUACGAGAAGCAUGCGGUGCACGGAAAGCAAGCCGAGGGCGGGCUGCCAGAGGACGGCGCCAAGGCGCAUGAGAGCGGUGUGAAGGAGACCUUGAGCCCGGCCAUGGACAUCCUCGUCUCGUCCAACUUUGAGCGCUUACUCUGGUUCCUUGCCUACGAAGUCUACAGCACAAACUCCGAUGCGGUCAGCCAGCGACGAAGCCAAGCCGGCGACCACGUCCGAGGGUGGUUGAACGAUCUCAAGUCCAAGGGUGGCUUUGCUGUUGACCCGCAGAUCCUCAAGGCCGCGCAAGCAGACUUCGCCUCAUACCGUGUUAGCGAUGAUGAGACCAUCGACAUGAUCAAGUACAUCUUCAGCGCAGAGGCAUCGAAGAGCUACGUCCUGGACCCACAUUCUGCCAUUGGUGUUGCAGCAGCACUUCGCUCGGCGGAGGUCUCAAAACCUCCUUCCACACACCACAUUGCGCUUGCCACUGCGCAUCCGGCUAAGUUCGCAAACGCUGUCGAGCUGGCGCUACCGGAGCAGAAGGAGUACUUCCAGGCCAAGGUGUUGCCAGCUGAAUUCAAGGGUCUUGAGGAUCUGCCUCGAAGAGUCAGCCAUGUCAAGCGCUCUGAGGGCUGGGAAGGUGUGCGCAAGGUCGUUAUUGCGGAAGUAGAGGCAGAGCUACAGGCUGCUGAAAAGGAGGGUAAAUUGUAGACAGUGUUCAUAAUAUCAGAAUGAUAGAAAGGGGCGUUCUUUCUUGUCCACAGCCCAAAGGUAGAAUCAGACGCUCUAGAGUUCGCAUUUGACUCAGAUGAUCAA